UUUUUGUUGGUGCGAUCGAGGCAACGGGGUGGGAGGAUGAACGCCACCACCUCUCAGUCUGACAUCAUGACGUGGGAGACCAUGCAGAUGACAGUGUAUCUGUCGCUCACGUGCAUCUCCAUGACGGCUGCCGGCAUCACAAUCUUCACAGCGUUCGACACGAAGGACAUCCGACGAUCCGCAGUCCAAUACUGCACCUAUUCCGUCUUCUGCUGCGACUUCGUGUGGGCGUUCUUUCGAUGUCUCUUGUACACGUUGGGCAUGGUCCAGGGCGUGCUACCAACCUCCAACAAAGGGGACCGAAACGUUGCAAACUUGGACGAGACGACCAUGGUGUUCGAAGCAAUUCUGACCGCCGCGGGGGACCUCUGCAUAGUUGCCGCUGCGAUAUGGAUCGUCUUGUCCGCGUACGAAAUGCAACGGGUCGUAACCCACACCAUCACGCGACCAGAAGAGCGCGAACGCCAUACCGUGCUCUUUUACGACGUCAUGGUGUACGUGCCAUUGACAUUGCUCCUCUUGCUCUUUGGUCUGGGUCCCGUGGCCAAGAAGGACGAAGACCUCACGAGCUCGUAUCUCCGAGUGAGCUUGUACAUCGUUGUGUGGGCGCUCUUCCUCGCGGUGUUGUACCUUCCCUUUGCCAUGUACAAGAUCUAUUGCGUCCGAGUGAAUCGGUCUGGGUUCUUCGACCACACGUUGGAGCACAUUUAUCGCCGCGUGCGCAUUCUCCUCAUCGUGUACAGCAUCACGACGAUUCCCACAUCCAUUGCGAGUUUGGGCAGCGAAGUCGCGCAGCUCACGCAAAACUCGACCGACUUUCUCGGGCCAAACACGAGCACCAUCUUUUUCGUGUCCAACUGCGUGUUUUAUCUCACUGGGUUUUUCAAUGCCAUCAGUAUCGGCGGCAGCGUCCUCUGCUGCAUUCGAUGUCUUCGUCCCGUCAUGCCCAAGGAACUCCACGAAGACCUCAUGAACGGCGGCAUGCUACGCGCAUCCGACGCCAUGAUCACGUCCGACAACGUGCUGCUGCCUCCUGAAAAGCAGCCAGUGUUUGUAUGUACCGACAUCGAGAGCUCGACGUUGCUGUGGUCCCGGAUACCCAAGGCCAUGACUGAAGCGCAGUCUUUGCAUGAUGACUGCAUGCGCCAGCACUUGGCCACGUAUAACGGGUACGAGAUCACAACUGCAGGCGACGCCUUCCAGCUUGCCUUCCACACGGUUGCCGAAGCCAUUUCGUACUGCGUGACCGUGCAACUCAAGUUGCUCGAACUGCCGUGGCCAAAGGAGUUAGACAACUUUCGCGCUGCCAAAACCAUGACCGACAUGUUUGGUCGCACGUACUUUCGAGGGCUUCGCGUGCGCAUGGCCAUUCACUUGGGCGGCGGCGACUUGAUACACCAAAUCCACCCGACCACGGGCAAACGAACGUACGCGGGACUGCAUGAGCUCAUAGCCCGGGAGAUCGGCGACGUUGGCCUUGGCGGGCAACUUCUCAUCUCGGUCGUGACAAAGGAACGAUACCUGGAUGAGAUUCGAGAUGUGCCCAAGCAAAAGAAGGGGAAGCGUCGGCUGAAAGUCCAGUUCAAAGACUUUUUCUUCCGAGAAGCCCCGAGCUGCCACAUUGUCGACCUCGGCAUUGUCGAACCCAUGGCGGAAAUCGUGCCUUAUUUAUUGCGUCCUCGCUUUACCAGUGGACGCGCCGACCAGAUGCACCUUUUUGCAUGACGGCCGUCGAGGGCGUGGUCUUCGCGGCCGUAUUUAUCCAAACUCGACUCUGCUUUCUUUUGACCUCUGUCGAUACGAGCCCCAUGGCCACCGCAUUCAUGUCAUCUGCAUGAGAACGUUGCGCAGGAAAGGCCAACCGAGCCACAUCGAACACCCGUCUCCACAGGACGUGCACGGGCAACGGUAUCAAGUCUUGAGUGAGCGCAUGCUCGCGAUGGCAGUGGCGCCUCUCUCGAGGGAUAGCCCACCGCUAUUUGGAUGCGAAUUUUGCCCGUGUUGUCGUGACCUGAGCAUCCGGCCAG